UAUUUAAGAUCCGAUCACGUAAUUUCAGAUCCGAGUCCUGACGGGAUAAGAAGCCUCUCCUGUAUUUAAGACCGACUCAAUUUUCAGAAUGAGACACCUGCUGAGGAAAUCGGCUGCCGCGAUCCCAAGACAAAAGUUGCCCUUUAUAUCAUUUCGCUUAUUGUCAUCAACGUCAAUAAAACGUCACGAAACGGAGUCCAUUGCUCCGCCCGACGAACACUACGAUGUGGUCGUGUCGGGCGGCGGGAUGGUGGGCUUUGCCGCCGCCUGCGUGCUCGGCCAUAGCAAGAGGCUGAGUGACCGUCGUAUUCUGCUCUUAGAAGGAGGACCUAAAAAACCCUGGAGCCUCCCCAAAGAGUACAGCAACCGCGUAUGUGCACUCAGUGGCCACACCCAGCGGCUGUUUGAGAAGCACAGCAUAUGGGAGCAUAUCAAGAGCAUGAGGGCACAGCCAGUCCGUAGGAUGCAGGUGUGGGAGUCUUGUUCUGAAGCCAUGAUUACAUUUGACGAAAAAAAUCAAGAUGAGGUUGUAGCUCACAUCGUAGAAAAUGACGUGAUCCUUCAAGCAAUUAAAAAUCAACUGCCAGACCAUGUUGAGGUCCAGUUUAACAGUAAAGUUGAUGGCUAUGGUCUGCCGCAGGAUUCCUCCUCCCGUGUCACUAUUUCACUUGCUAGUGGGAAAACAUUAUCAACAGAUCUCUUGAUUGGUGCAGAUGGAGCAAAGUCACUGGUCCGGCAAACAAUGGGCAGCCAGUAUUUAGGUUGGGAAUACGACCAAAUGGGUAUUGUAGCCACACUUGAGUUGUCUGAGCCCUCUGACAACAGUGUAGCAUGGCAGAGAUUCCUGCCUACUGGGCCAGUAGCCUUAUUACCUCUCUCAGAUGAUCGCAGUUCAUUGGUUUGGUCAACAACAAAAGACAGUGCCAAGACUCUGUUAAAUCUUCCAGAGGAAGAAUUUACAGAUGCCCUCAACAGAGCAAUAUGGGACAACUCGGGCACAGACCAAACAGUGCAGGCAGUACAUGAAAAGUGGACGAACUUGCUGGAUGUCAUCAUUCCAAGUCAAGGCGCAGAUAUCCGUCAGUUGCCCCCUAGUGUCAGCGCAGUUGUUCCUGGUAGCAGAGGAGCUUUCCCUCUAGGCCUUGGUCAUGCAGUUCACUAUGUUGCUCCAAGGGUGGCACUAAUUGGAGAUGCUGCACACAGGGUACAUCCUUUGGCAGGGCAAGGUGUUAAUUUGGGCUUUGGAGAUGUGGCAGCGCUGUUAGAGACUUUGGAGAAAGCUGUCCUUUUGGGAGCUGAUAUAGGAGACAUAAGAGAGCUUUACAAAUACGAGAGCGAACGGCAGAAGCACAACAUGGCUACCAUGGCCUCUAUCGAUGGGCUGUACCGCUUGUACUCCACCACUGCCACACCAGUUGUCCUUCUCAGGUCGCUUGGCUUAUCGGCUGUCAAUAUGCUGUCUCCUCUGAAGAGAUUCAUAAUGAAGCAUGCAGAGAGUUAAGGUCCAACAGCAGCAGUUGUUAAUUAUUAUGUGAUAUUUAGACAUUUUGUAUAGAUAAGAGUGUACAUAAUAUUGAAAGUCUUUUUCAUUGUCAAUAAAAUAUGAAUCCGGA